UGAGACUGUUUGUCGGCUAUUCCAAGGAAACGAAAGGUGGUUUGUUUUAUAGUCCUGAGGAUCAGAAGGUGAUCGUUAGUACGAACGCUAGAUUCUUUGAAGAAGACUAUAUCAUAGAUCAUAAGCCCAGUAGUAAACUUGUUCUAAAGGAGUUAGGGAGAGAUAUCGAUAGUUCCCCACCGAGUGCGCAAGUAGAUACAUCACAUAGUACUGUAACACGUAACACUGAUAGUGUGCCAGUACAGACGGUACCUCGUCGUAGUGGGAGGGUUUCUACACAACCCGACCGAUGGAUAGGUCUUGGAGAGUCAUCGGACUCAGUUCCAAGAGACCUAGAAUCGGACCCAAGAACUUAUGCUGAGGCACUCCAAGAAAGAGAUGCAAAUUCGUGGAAGGUUUCAAUGAAAGCUGAGAUGGGGUCCAUGGAAACCAAUCAGGUCGGGGAUCUUGUAGAACCACCCGAUGGGAUAC